GACUGUUGACAUUUUCUGUUGUUAUUGUGCUACAUUCUUUUUUGAGAAGAUUAUAGUGUUAAAAAACGUUAUAAAUAAUGUCUAGCUCGCGGUCUAAAGACAGAGAUCCCAGAAACUGGCGAAAUUAUAACACUGGCAGAAAUUCAAAGCCAAUCCAUUUUCAAAUCACUCGUCAAGAUGGACGUGAUUCAGAUGGUGAUAGGAGGGAUCUCUAUAGAAGAGAUAGGUCUAGAAAUGACCAAGAAAGAAGAUAUCCAGUUAAUGAAAAUGAAAGAUCAAGGGCUGGUGGUUCUCACCAAAGGAAUUAUGAUAAGACAGCAAGGAAGUGCCACAUGGGAUUUAAAUACGUGCAAAAUCUAAUAGAAAGUCGUGAUCUUGAAGAUAUUCUAGUAACACUGAAUAAUGACAGAAAAGGUUUUAAAGAAUUGUUAGAUAAUCCAAAUACAUCAAAUGAUUUGAUUGUUCUGUUAAUUAAAUUACUUUCCUUAAUAUGUGCUAGUAAUUUUACAGAAUCCAAAAUCCGUCUUUUAGAAAUGGCUUUCAACAGUGAACUUGUAGACAAUUUAAUAAAGUUCAUAUCAACAGUAGCAAUCCAGAAUGCAAAAGAGAAAAACAAUAGUAAACAUUUCUGGAAUGACACUGAUGAAUUUUGGAAUAACACAAUGAAUAUGUGCCAAAAUAUUCAUGACUUAAUGCGAUUAACAACUUGUGAGAAAACACUGAAGAUUUUAAAGGCUAUGAAAGUAUAUAUACCUGUGAUAGAAAAUAAUCACCUAAUACACAUAUCAGGUGAAAUAAAAGAAAAAAUAGAAAACCUUUGUGAUGUGGUGGGAAAAACAGUUGAGGAAUUAGAGAAAAAGCAUGCCAAAGACAUAACAAUGAAUAAUACACCGAUUGAAUUAGAACCACCAGAUGAUUUUAGAAAUAUAAGCGUUUAUCCCACUGGAGAAGAAAUUACAUCCCUAGAAUCUCCCUUCUUAAGACCUAAUGUAAUAAGUGGACCUUACCAAAAUGUUAACCACUACUUAGACGUGCAAUUUAGAUUACUAAGAGAAGACUUUGUUGCACCUCUAAGAAGAGGUGUCUGCAAAUAUUUGAAAAAUACUAAUGAGAGACUUGAAGAUGUUAGAAUUUAUAAAACUGUACGUUUUUUAAAAACAGAAACGGUUAAUGAACAAAACUGCUACCGAAUCCAAUAUGAUUUUACAGGUAAAAAGAAAACAUUUCAAUACGAAAAUUCUAGAAGAUUUAUAUUUGGUUCUUUGCUAUGUUUUACGAGCGAUCAUUUUCAAUCUGUUAUUUUUGGUAAAAUCGUUCAACGUGACAUAAAGGAUUUGGAACAAGGACAUCUUAUUAUUGGUUUUAAUGAGGAUGUAAAUUUACCAAGAAACAUAUUUGAAGAAAAUUAUUUAAUGGUAGAAAGUAAAGUAUUUUUUGAGCCGUACUAUCAAGUAUUAAAUGUGCUUAAAACAAUUCAAACGGAUGACUUUCCCAUGGAAAAAUAUAUUAUAAGGGUGGAAACUGAAACUAGUGCACCGGAUUAUCUUCUGAACAUCAACCCCGUAUUCUAUACAAUUGAAAAGCAUACAUUUUGGCCGUUAAACUGGAGUGACAAAAAAUUUUAUGGUUUAAACAAUGCACAACACGAUGCUUUUAAAGCGGCAUUAACUAAUGAAUUCUCUAUUAUUCAAGGUCCUCCUGGUACUGGAAAAACAUUUUUAGGCUUAAAAAUAGCACACACAUUGAUAAAUAAUAAGUCGUGUUGGUACAAAAAAACUCCUAUGUUGGUUAUAUGCUUCACUAAUCACGCUCUUGAUCAGUUUUUGGAAGGUUUAUUAGAAGUUACUGAAGACAUAAUAAGAGUUGGUGGACAAUCCAAAAAUGAACGUCUCAAUAAAUACAAUAUCAGAAACCAUAGACAUAUUAAUAAUGCAACCGUUAUUCAAAUGUGGCAUCAAGUCAGAACGCAUCUGCAGAAUAUCUCUACAAUUAAUGAGACACUGCGGCAGAUUGACUUAAAUGCAAGUAUAGUGGAAUUUUCUGUAUUUUCUGAGGUGAUUGCAGAAUAUCAUAACAGUUGGUUUUCCAAAGCCACAAAUGAUGAUAUUUUAAACUGGUUAUUCGGAUCAAGACAAGACACUGAAACGGUGAAUAGACGUCACGAUGUAAUACAGGGACAAGAAAAUCUAAACACAAGUAAUGGUUAUCCAGAUGAAAUUGACGAAGAAGAGGAAUUUGAUAUUGAAGACAGAGAAAUUCGCGAUGACAUAUUUGACAAUAUAACAAGUAUAUCUUUCAAACCACUCAUUAAUGUUGGAGACUUAAUUACAAGAAUGAACAAAUUACGUUCUGAAUUAAAUAUGUUGCAGACAGAUAUGUCAAUAGACAGAUUAAGGAAGAUGUUGGCGGAAGAAGACUUGGUAUAUGAAUUGCAUGUCUUGGAAAGGAACUGCAGAUAUUUACAGCAUAGAUUGUCUGAGGCUGCGAAAGGAUCAUUUAGAGGUACACCGGAUUAUAUUGACUUGAAAAACCCUAAUCUAAUGCCCCCCAACUCACGUUGGCAUUUAUAUUUUUAUUGGUUGGAACAGUUCAAAGUAAAGUUAAUAGAAAAAAGAGGGAAGAUAAACCGUGAAUUCCGUAAAGAUUAUAAAUUAUACAGUGAAAUGCGUGACAUUCAAGAUACUCAAAUUAUGAAAGAUUCGUUAGUUGUAGGUAUGACUACAACAGCUGCUGCUCGUUUAAAAUCCUCUCUACAGGCUUUGAAAAGCCCUAUAGUAAUAGUAGAAGAAGCAGCCGAAGUACUAGAAGCGCAUAUAGUAUGUUCCUUGACAAAUCGCUGUAAACAUUUAAUUCUCAUUGGAGACCAUCAGCAGCUAAAACCUAGCACCGCUAAUUUUCUUAUUGAAACCAAAUACCUCCUCGGUAUAAGUUUAUUUGAGAGAAUGGUGAGAAACAAUAUACAGUGCCACACUUUGAAUAUUCAACAUCGAAUGAGACCCGAGAUUGCCAGCUUGAUUCGUCCUGCAAUUUAUUCAGUUUUAGAGGACCAUGAAUCGGUAUUGAAUAGACCUCCAAUUCGUGGAAUAGAAAGUUGUAUUUAUUUCAUUGAUCAUCAGGAACCUGAACAACUCUGCAAAGAUUCAAGUAAAAAAAAUGUACACGAAGCAGAAUUUUUAAUCAAACUUGCUAAGCACCUCGUAUUAAAUGGAUACAAACCAGAGAAUAUAACAAUAUUAUCAGCUUACUUGGGACAAAUGUUUGAAAUGCUUCGUCAGAGAAAACAGUACACAUUACUAAGGGAUGUUAAGAUUACUGUCUUGGACAACUAUCAAGGAGAAGAAAAUGACAUAGUUUUAUUAUCAUUAGUACGUAGUAACAGUGAAAAUAAAAUUGGAUUUUUAAAAAUUGAAAAUCGUGUCUGUGUUGCUCUUUCAAGAGCAAAACAUGGUUUUUAUAUAAUGGGAAAUAUGUCUCAGCUUUGCGCAAGUAGUGAUAUUUGGAUAAAAAUUAAAGAAUCGUUAACCAAUCAAAAUGCAAUUGGCCCUUCUCUAACUCUAAGGUGUCAAGUACACAGAUAUAAACUCACAGAAAUCAAAACUGCUGAAGAUUUUAUGAAUAUCCCAGAAGGGGGAUGCAGUCUUAUGUGUGAGAGUAGCUUAGGUUGCGGUCAUAUUUGUAAAAGCUUAUGUCAUGUAGAAGAUAGGGACCAUGUUGUAUACAAAUGCCAUGAAAAAUGUAAUAAAGUGCUAUGUAAUAAUGAAGAACAUGUAUGCCAAAAGUUAUGUUACAAAGAAUGUGGUCCAUGCACUUAUCCAGUUCAGCACGUCUUGGAUUGUGGUCACAAAGUGACGAUUGAGUGCCACCUUGAUCCAACAAGUUAUAACUGUGAUGUUCUAGUUAAAUCUGUUCUACCAUGUGGACAUGAAGUGGACAAACCUUGUUUUAGGGAUCCUGAAAGUUUUAAAUGUCCGGAACCAUGUGCCGUUCGUGUCGAACCUUGUGGUCACGCGUGUACAAGAUCUUGCCAUAUACGGGUGGAUCCAGAUCAUUUAGAGUACCGAUGUCAAAAACCUUGCAUCAAGCCUAAAAUAGGUUGCAGUUUUCCAGAAGAAGAAAAACACAUAUGUUCUAAGUUGUGCUGUGAAGAAUGUGAUACCUGCGAAAUUGGUAUUAAGAAAUUCAGAACAGUUUGUUCACAUGUCUUUAAAGUUCCCUGUAAGACAAAUGUGGAUGAAAUAGAAUGUACAAAACCAUGCAAUAGAGUAUUGCCAUGUGGACAUAAGUGUGGAAAUAAAUGUAAUGAACCAUGUGGAAACUGUAAUCACAAAGUGGAGAAGUAUGUCGCUGAUUGUCAGCAUAAAGUAAAAGUAAAAUGUUCGGAAGAACCUGAUCGUAAAUUUUGUAAAGGGAAAUGCCCACGAUUGUUACCUUGCGGACAUGUAUGCAACAAAAAAUGUAAUGAAAAAUGUACAACAUUUUGUAAAGGUAUUACUGAUUGCUCAAAACCAAGCCCAUGUGGACACAUCGUUAAGAAAAUUAGUUGUGCUUUAAAAGAUACAGUUGAUCCAGAAGUUCUGUUACGACAUUGUACAGAAAAAUGUAACGUCAAGCUAAAAUGUGGCCACUUUUGUUCUGGAGGUUGUGGCGAGUGUUCACAGGGUCGUAUCCAUCAAAGAUGUAAAGAAAAGUGUGGUACUACAUUAAUUUGUAAUCAUGAAUGCCCAAUACCUUGCAGUGAGGCUUGUAAACCUUGCCAGAAAAAGUGUAAUUAUAAAUGCCCUCAUAGCAAAUGCUCCAGAAAAUGUGGAGAUCCUUGUAACGGAUGUAAAGAAUCCUGCAAGAGGCGAUGUGAACAUCAGAAAUGUGAGAAACGCUGUGAUCAAAUUUGCAAUAUUCCACCAUGUUAUGAAUUAUGUAAAAAACUAUUAGAAUGUGGUCAUCCCUGUGUUGGAUUUUGUGGAGAUCCAUGCCCCAUAUUAUGUAAAAUUUGUAACUACGAUGAGUUAACUGAUAUAUUUCUGGGAGAUGAAGACGAAGAAGAUGCCGUUUAUGUUAUGUUAGAAGACUGUAAACACAUUUUUGAAAGUGGAAAUAUUGAGAAAUGGUUACAGUCAGGUGACGAAAUUAUGAUAAAAUUCUGCCCAAGAUGCAAGACGCCUAUUACAAGUACUGAAAGAUUUAGUGAAUACAUUAAAAGAAGUAUGUCUGAUAUUAUAAAUGUUAAAAAUAGAUCAAAUGGUACUGUUGAAGAAAAUAAUCUUAGAAGGAUUGAAAUUUUAUUUGAGGUCGACGCUAUUAAACUCAAAGCAAGAAUACUAUAUGAAAAUACAGAUUUAGGUCGUGCUAUAGAUAAUUUGAAUGAAAGGCUGCAGUCUUCUAAGAAAAAGGGAAAUAAAUUACGUAGGCAGACCGUGAAUAAAAUAGAUUUAGAUGUUAUCCGUGCCAAGCUACAAUUGAUUGAUUUUGUGGUGGAAGUUUGUAGCGAACAAGAAAAUGAUUUAACGACUGUUUCUACCGUUCAGAUUUCUUUUAUAGUUAAUGCACUAAUGCGUGACGAGAAUCAUAUAACUGAGCAAGAAAUUGAAGAUAUAGGUCUAGAAAUUAAACGCUUAUCACGGAUUAUUCAGUAUGAAAGAAUCCGAAAUGCAGAAACCUUUAAUUAUGCGAAAAGAAGAGACGAUGUUAAAACCAAAAUUAUGUACAUUGAUGAGCUGCUAACUUCACUGAAAAGAUAUACAAAAGAAACUGACGCUACUUUACAAACAGAACUUACUGACUUCAGUAAGUUGGUGGCAUCUGGAAUAGCUGUUACUAGAGUAGAAAUGCAACAAAUUGUAGCAGCUCUUGGUUUAGGAAAAGGUCAUUGGUUCAAGUGUGACUGUGGAGGCGCUAAUCAAAUUUCAACAUGUAAUGAAUGUGGAGUACAAAUUGGUGGAACAAAUCAUCGCUUGUUACCAGGUCAAAGUCAUGCGCCGGAGAUUGACAAUUCACUUUAUCCAGCAUGGUCUGAAGCUGCUAAUUUAGCAAAUUAUAGGUUGUAAUACAUUGCUUGUUCUUAUUCUUGAUUAUUAUUAUUUUAUAAUUCAAUAUAUUAAGUGAUGCAAA